GAGGCGGAAGUGGAGGUGUUUACCUCUCCUCCACGGCCCGACAGUCGGGCCAGGGCCGAGGCGGUCGGCCAGGCGGAGGCUGCUUGGUCGCUUCCUCCUUAUUCGGCCUCCGCGAUGGAUUCCUGGGUCCGUUUCAGCGCCCAAAGCCAAGCCAAGGAGCGGGUGUUCAGAGCUGCCCAGUAUGCCUGCACUCUACUAAGCUAUGCCCUGCAGAAGAAUGGCGCUGGACCGGAUUUUCUUGCUAGGAUUAAGCAACUGGAGUCUCAUCUGAGUUUGGGACGCAAGCUAUUCCGGCUGGGGAACUCUGCUGACGCUCUGGAGGCAGCCAAAAGAGCCAUCCACCUGUCGGAUAUUGUCCUUCGUUUCUGCAUCACAGUGAGCCAUUUGAACCGAGCCAUGUACUUCGCCUGUGACAACAUCCUGUGGGCGGGGAAAUCGGGUCUCGUUCCACACAUGGACCAUGAGAAGUGGAGUCAGCGGUCAUUCAGAUAUUACCUCUUUGCGCUGAUCAUGAACUUGAGCCGGGAUGCCUAUGAAAUCCGUCUCUUGAUGGAGUGCGAGAUGAACGCCAAGUCUCAUAAAGGAAGCUGCAGAAAUGGCAGGUCCGCCCCGGGGGAGGACCAUCGCUCCCACCAGCUGGCCCAGAGGCUGAAGCUGCAGCUCUGUCUCCUGGCCCAAGUGCUGCAGAACAACCCUCCGCUGCUCCUCGACGUGAUGAAAAACACCUGUGACAUUUUCAUUCCUUUGGACAAGCUGGGCAUGUACAAGACCAGUUCUGGUUUCGUGGGUCUUUGCGGCCUGACCUCCUCCAUCCUCUCCAUCCUCACCAUCCUCCACCCGUGGCUGAAGCUGAAACCUUGAUUGGCGCUGAUCAGCCUGGCUAGCUGAAGUUCUUCCCUUCUUUUCCCAGUCCGGAAACUAGGCUGGGAAGCUAGUACGUAACAUGGCAGACUCAGCCAGCCAGGCCCUGCUUGGGAAAAGGGGUUCCUCUGAAGUGGGGGGGGGGGGGCUUUGGAGAAAGGAGCCUUAAGUUGAGCCCAACAGGUUGACUAGCAACUCUACAAAUGGACCUUGUGGGGGCCUUUAGUAUUUGGGUUAUCAGGCUGGGGAUAACCGAAACAACGUUGUCAUGUCCUAUUUAUUCCGGAAGAAACAAACGAAGAAAAACUGCACUAGCCAUGUUGUAGAUUAAUGAAGAUCUCCCUGAUAUGAUGUUAUGUUGCUUCUCAGCUAGAGACUGGGAACAAACCACGUUUGUUCCCUGUGUUCAGGGUCUCUUGGCUUUUAAUUCAUAGUUGGGAUGGCCAGAGGCUUGAGGACCUGAAAAAUAAACGUUUUGACACCAAGACUGACUCUCAUUUGUUAAUAGGGAUAUAGGACUUACAGGUCAGUGUUGUGAUCUAUGGCACUAUUUACUCGUCUUGAAUUAUUUUCCUUCUUCAAAAAAGUAAACAUUUUAAAAUAAAGUUAACCACU